AUGGCGGCUGGUGACAAACGAAGACUGAUUAUGAUUGCCGGCAAAGGAACGAGUGAGCGAGAGGGCGUGGUCAAAGUAGGAAGUGAACGAUUGCGGUGGCAACUUCUUGGAGAUUCUUCUCCAGGCAACGAGGAAUUCCUGCUUCCAGAGCGCACCGUGGCGGCCGUAUUUCGAGUAAUCAUCCUUGGAACCAUAGCCGCUCAGUUUCCCGUAGGCUUUGUACUUGCCAUAGCCACUGAGUUUGCCGUAGGAAUCGCGGUCAGCGUAAUCUUUGCUGCUGCCAGAUUGUCCGUAUUUGCCGUAUUUGUCGAAUUCACUAGCAACGUCGCUCUUACCGUAGGCAUCGAAUUUCCCCUUGGCCUUCAGUUUCCCGUACAGUUCAAACUUGCUGGAAACAUCGCGGUUGCCAUAUUUCUUCAUUUGACCAUAACUGUCGUAGUCGUUGUAGUGCUUCUUCUUGCCAUAGCUAUCGUGUCCCCCACCACGACGGAAUUUGGUGAACUGUUCAAACUUGCUGCCUUGUUCUUCAUUUCCGUGACCGUAAAAUCUACCCUUGGCCUUCAGCCUUUAGAAAAGAAUGAGUUAUCCUUUGCACUGUACGAUACGAAAGCCUCUGCUGAUGUGAUUCGUGCGCACCGGUGCAAGGUGAUUCUGUGGGACUGGAUGGGCCUGAAAACUAAUCUCAUGCUUGCGGAUGAACAGAUUGAAGAAGUAGACGAAUUUGUUUGUCUGAGCAGAUGUAUCAAUCCCGGUGGUCUCGCGAAAGCUGGUAUCUCCAUUCGGAUUGAAAAGGCAAGUGCGGCUUUUGUGAACCUAUCUCACCUUUGGCAUAGAUGUGCCGUCAUCUUAUCCAUCAAGGGUCGAGAUUACAGUCCUGCGCAUCCUCCUCCGUGGACUCCGUUUUACGAUCAGGUCGGCGAACCAAAGUUUCAAACUUGCGGCGAUGUUUCGGAUCCAGUUUCUCUCUGUACUCUGGACGGAGAAGCAUUGCAGCAUAACCAAAACUUGCUGACUUCAGUCCGGCCUUUUGACACUCGAUUACGGUACUCGUUAAUAUAG